UUAGGAACAAUAAUCGGGCAUUAUUUUUAUUUUUGAGGAAAAAGCUGAAUGAGGUGAAAGUUGAACGAGGAAUUUAAACUGUGAUGGACGUUUAAUGUGAGGAUUUGCGCACGCGCGUUAACCUACACUAACGGUUUUUCCUAAGGCUCCUGACAGGAACACAGACCCAGCUGAAUAAAGUGUCAUCACCACCGUGUGAUUAUUAUCAUUGCAGCCAGAUUGGAAAAAGACAAGGUAAAUAAAAUCUGACAUGACGGGGGUGGGAGCCGACGAUGACAUCCCGCUUGGUGAAAGGAAAACUGUGACGGACUUUUGCUAUCUGCUCGACAAGUCCAAGCAACUCUUCAACGGCCUGAGAGAUCUUCCUCAGUAUGGACACAAGCAGUGGCAGUCCUAUUUUGGUCGCACGUUUGAUGUCUACACCAAGCUGUGGAAGUUUCAGCAGCAGCACAGACAGGUCCUGGAUAACCGGUAUGGACUAAAAAGAUGGCAGAUUGGCGAGGUGGCAUCCAAGAUUGGGCAGCUUUACUACCACUACUACCUCCGUACUUCAGAAACAAGCUACUUAAAUGAAGCUUUUUCCUUCUACUCUGCCAUCCGCCAGCGCUCGUAUUACUACCAGGUCAACAAGGAAGACAGACCCGAAUUGGUGGUGAAAAAGCUGAGGUACUAUGCCCGCUUUAUUGUAGUGUGUUUGCUGCUCAACAAAAUGGACCUGGUCAAAGUUUUGGUCAAGGAGCUUUCAGAAGAGAUUGAAGAUUACACCCAGCGCUUUAAUACAGAAGAUCAGUUGGAGUGGAACCUGGUGCUGCAGGAAGUAGCUGCCUUUGUAGAGGCAGAUCCAGUGAUGAUCCUGAACGAUGACAAUGCUGAGGUGGUAAAGUCCAAUCGGCUACAGGAGGGGGGUGUGCCUCAGCUUGAACCAGGCAUGGUGGUUGGCCAGCUCACACUGGCAGAUGCUCUCAUAGUUGGAAAUUGUAACAGUCAGGUGAAGUUCAGUGAGUUGACCAUCGACAUGUUCCGCAUGUUGCAAGCCCUCGAGAGGGAACCUGUGAACCUCGCCACCCAGAGCACCAAACCAGGGACUCUUGUAAGAGAAGACUCUUGCACUCUCCCCGUCUCUUUCACCGAGCCCAGUGAAAAGCCAGCCAAGCGCGAGAACCCUCACAAAUACCUACUGUACAAACCCACAUUCAGCCAGCUCUACACCUUCCUGUCUGCCUCUUUCAAGGAACUACCAGCUAAUAGUGUGUUACUAGUGUAUCUGUCAGCUACUGGAGUCUUUCCACCUGGACGUGCAGAAUAUGAAGGACCUUAUGACUUUGGAGGAGUUCUGACCAACACGAAUCGUGACAUUGUGAACGGUGAGACAGUUCAGAAGAGGAACCAGGCUCAGAAAGAGAUGCACUGCCUUCACCCUGGAGACCUGUACCCGUUUACCAGGAAGCCCUUGUUUAUUAUAGUAGACUCGUCCAACAGCACAGCUUACAAGAAUUUCUCCAAUCUUUUUGGCCAGCCUCUGGUGUGCCUGCUCUCCCCUAUGGUCUAUCCAAAAAGCAUGCAAGAUCAAACCCAGCGUGGAAGUCUUUUUUCCCUGUUCCUCUACAACCCCCUCAUGGGCUUCCUAUCUGUUUGUGACCUGACCAGCAUGCGCCAGGGUUUAUGGGAAAAGGCCCAGGAGUUCUUAUGGAAAAUUUUCCAUGACAUCGGCCAGCUGCUCACCAGUUCUCGAGCCAUUGAUCAGGCCUUCCUUCAGUUCUAUGGUGAUGAGUUUCUAAGGCUCUUGAUGAUCCGGUUUGUGUUCUGUAGUGCUACUCUCCGACUACACAAGCUCUUCCGUGAGGCACAGAGUUUUCCAGAAUCUUACCCCCAGCUGCCCAAACAAGAGAUGGUGGAGAACAGCCUUCUACAGAAACACAUAAUGGAGCUGGCAGUCAUGCUGGAUGUGCAGAACCUUUUCACAGAUGGCAUCCUGGAUAACUAUUGACCACGUGAUGGCACUAAGGCACUGUGCCAAGAUGCAUGCAUGUGGGCUGACGUGUAGACACACCACAAAUCCGAUGGAUGUAGUUGAACUGAGCAGUAGAUGGACCAUUUCUGGGUGCUACAAUGUUGAUAAAAGAACAUGCAGGCUAGCAAUGGGCUGCCAAAUAAACUCUAGAAGGUCAGAGGUCUUUUGGUUUUUGCCUUUUUGGUAAUGAUAAAAUUUAUGAAAUAUUUGACCAAACACCUGUCUUAAAAUGAGGCAGACAUUUAAAAAGUCUCACCAAAGCUAUACUUGUCCAGUUGCAUCUAUUUACAAUGAGACAAAACUGUUCUGCUGAAACAUAAACACACAAAUGUUUGAUCUUACCCAUAUCUUCCCUGACAUCCUGUUUAUUUUUUCUUACUCCCUGUGAAAGGCUAUUAUUGUCUGGCCAGACAGUCGACAGCUGCAGUAAGAAUUAUGGCUGGUGUUUGUUCUGAGGUGAAUAGUAACUUUGAAUUGGCAGUGCCCAUCGCAGCUGUUUUGUAGGGUUAAUCCAGACAGAAGUGAGUAUAAUAUUCACUAUGAAAUGCCCUACAGAACAGUCAUUCUUAAAGAAAAAGACUUAUGUGCACGCCAAUCUUCACAUUUAUUGUACAGAAACAACCUCAGCGUUAUGUAAUAUUAAACAUCGGAAGUCUGUUCCAAAUGACUGGUGAAAAGUCCCCUUCACUACCCCAUUGGAGGGGUUAGGGCAUAGUGCUGAUCGCUCCAGAAUGGACCGCAGCUUAGAUUACAAACGCUGGAGUAUUAAUGUGUGUGCAUGUGUCAGUGAUGUUCAUUUAGCAUGAGGAUGUAAAACGUUCUUGUAAAUUGUGAUGGCUGUCCAGGUCGUUAUCUGACGCUCGUGUAAGUCGGAGAUUCUGUAGCACUUAGUGAAUAAGAUGAGAAGGGAUGCAGAAAUGAGGACGAACUAAAGCACAUGCCAUAAACGGCAACUCCACAUCCGAAUAUUCAAAUGGGCUAAUUAUAUUCGAAAGAAGCAAUUUCCUGCCAAAACUGUGAAACUGUGUUAACUACCUAUCAACCCCCAUUAUUUGUCUCCAAUACUCUGUGAUGUUGAGUUAAAAAGGAUGCAUUUCUUCUUCUCUGUGAACAAAAACUGAUUUGAUGUAACAGAUUUGAAAGUUUACUUUAUCAGAAUGGGUGUUUAUUUUCUUUCAGAGCAGUUCUACUGUUGUGGAAGUGACCAUUUUAAAACAAUGUUUAGAAUACUCUUUCUUUAUAAGUUAAGAGGUAUUAGAGCUGCCAGUCUGAUCAAUCUCUCAGAAUGUGAUGUGCUUUAGUCACGUAUGUUUUUCCUUAUGACUUGCCAAUUAUUCUUAAUGUUCUGUUAAAAAAAAGACAAGGAAAAAAUGUGAUACCAAAACAUGCAAGUUUUUUGUUUUUCAGAAUGCUAUUUAAGAAUAAUAAAGAUUUAUGAUCGUUUUGUUUAA